AUGUCGGUUCGUUUUGGUAAGACCAUUUACCGGGUGGUGCUGUGCCCUUCUUUUGCAUUACAUCCUGCAUUGAAUGGAGAGUCGGGUCUGCAGGCCCCGAAGGACCAGCGGGCGUCGCGGGCCCAGAUGGGAGGUUUCAGUCAAGAAGAACUCCUAAAAAUAUGGAAAGGGCUCUUCUAUUGCAUGUGGGUGCAGGACGAACCCCUCCUACAGGAGGAGCUAGCAAACACGAUUUCCCAGCUCGUCCACGUUGUUAACAACUCGGAGGCCCAACACCUGUUCAUUCAAACCUUCUGGCAAACGAUGAAUCGAGAGUGGAAGGGGAUAGACCGGCUGCGCCUGGGCAAGUACUAUAUGCUGAUCCGUCUGGUCCUGAGGCAGUCCUUUGAAGUUCUCAAGCGAAAUGGCUGGGAAGAAAGCCGAAUCAAGCUAUUCUUAGACGUCUUGAUGAAGGAGAUCUUGCACCCUGAGAGCCAGUCUCCUGAUGGAGUGAAGUUCCACUUCAUAGGCAUUUACCUGGACGAACUGUCCAAAGUGGGAGGGAGAGAGCUUUUGGCAGAUCAGAAUCUCAGGUUCAUUGAUCCAUUCUGCAAGGUCGCUGCCAAGACUAAGGACCAGACGUUGGUGCAGACUAUAGCUAGGGGUGUUCUUGAAGUCAUUGUGGACCAGUCUCCUCUUGGACCUGAAGAGACCCUCGAGGAACAGAAGCCUCAGGCGGGCGAGGGUGAGCCCUCUGAAGAAGAAACGCCUGAAAACGAGGUGGUGUGGAGACAAACCGUCAGUAGAAAGAAGACCGCACUGAGCCAGCAGCACUCCAGGAUGGACGGCGUCCGCGACGACGCGGCGAGAGGCGGCGGGCGCCUGGAGGACGCCGGGCCCCUGCUCCAGUUCGACUACAAGGCUGUUGCUGACCGACUCCUGGAAAUCACCAACAAGAAGAACACCCCUCCCUUCAACAGGAAGCGUCUCUCCAAACUCAUCAAGAAAUUUCGGGAUCUUUCCGAAGCAGGCAGCCUAUCCCGGCUCAGUUUUGCUGAGGACAUUUCUGCUGAGGGAGAUGACCAAACACUCAACCGAGGAAAGCACAAGAAAAAAGGAAAUAAACUUUUAGAGAAAACCGACCCGGAGGAAGAAGGAGGAAACAAGUCCUUCCUUGCUGAGGAAGAGGAGAGCAAAGGCAGCGUUCAGAAGAGAAAAGGGAAAAAGAGGAAGAAGGUCCAUCUCCAGCCAGAGCAUUUAGGGUCGGGGGCUCCGGCCCUGCCCCCAGAACAGAACGGGGGCGGGGAGCCGGAGGGAAGUCCAGGAAGAGCCCAGAAGAUGCCUGCGGCUGAGCCGGGGGCACCAGCUGCCCCUUGCCCCCAGGAGCACAGCGUUUUGGGGCCCGCCCCAGCACAGGGUAAGAGGAAACGACCAAGGAAGAGAAGCCUGAGGGUCCAGGGCGAGAGCUCGGAGUCCACACCACCACUGCCUCGGGGGGACGAGGCCCGGGAACCGUCCCCUCCGGCACCCCCUGCCAGUGGAGCCCCGGUCCAGAAGAGGCCGAGGACGCUCGGAGCCCUCCCGAUCAACGGCAGCGGCCCCCCCGCGCUGGCCUGGCCCCCACCCCAGCAGCAGGGCCGUCCAGCCGGCCUGCCCCCGGGCAGGAGACUAAAGAAAAAGAAGGGGGAGCCCAGCGGCCUUGACCUCUACGACCCGUCUCAUCAGAAAGCCGCCAUCUUGAAAAAGAGAAAGAAGAUGAAAGAGAUGUGUAACUUGGAGCGCCGCGGGGUGUUGAAGGCCGAAGCCAGGCUCGUCCAGGCUCUGGGCGGUGGGGGGGCUCUCAGCCCCUCGAAGAAGCAGCAGCUGAGGACAGAGAAUGACUUCGUGAGGUUCGACACCCCCUUCUUACCGAAGCCCCUGUUCUUCAGAAAAGCCAAGAGCAGCAGUGCCUCUGCCGUCUCUGUGCGCCCUGCCGGGCAGCGAGACAAGACGCCCUCAAGCUCCAAGAAGGUCACCUUCGGGCUGAAUAGAAACAUGACUGCGGAAUUCAAGAAGACAGACAAGAGUAUCCUGGUCAGGUCUCAUCGGCCUCCGAAAGUGGCUCUCAACCCUGAGCAGAGGCUUCCACUUGGGCAAGUGUUGAAGACCGCCACUGCUCACUCCACCUGGGCGCUCUGGGGACUGGGUUGUGUCACAUGA